GCGCGCUCGGCGAGGUAGACGAGACGGAGACGGUGACGGGUCGUGCGCGCGGAACGGCGGAACGGGACCAUUUUGGUACGUCGCGGAAGAAUGCGUAGCCAUUGUUGGUGCUGCGAUCGUUAGUUUCUAGAUCCGAGAUCGCCAUGGGCACGGAAAGGGACUCGACCGCGCGGAGCUCGUGGGCAACGUCGACCGGGCACGGCGCGGACCAUUGAUACGCGUCGCCGAGUCUGUGCGCUGAGGGACGGGCGCGCGCCGUAAGUCUGUGGUGGACUCGUUGUGCGCCGAGGGUCGGGACACCGCGCGUCGUCUCCGCGUACCUCUCGUCUCGGUCCCCGUCCCGUUCGCGUACGCGUACCCGAGCGCGCUCGCGAGCCCUCGCGCUCGGCCCCGCGCGCGAGUGAGAGUGAGUGCGGUGAUACGCGCGGAUCCACGCACGGUGGGGCCGCUACUCUGGCACAGCGGCGGCCAUAACACCGAGUCGACCCGACGAAACUAAGGCGAGCGAGGGGAGAAAGCGUAGUGUGCCCGCGCGCGAGAGAGCUGGCCCGGGAGGUCCCCGUAGUGGCUAGUGUUUUGCGAUCGCGCGAGUACCCGAGUGCGGGAAGACCGGAUUUCCGUCUUUGAUCAGAUGUUGCUAAUGUCGCGAGUCUUGCCUGGAGGUACGGAGUACAGCAGUAUACAGGGCUGACAUUCAAAGUACUACCGCUCGGUAGGCUUGUGUAGUGUUAUGCCUCCACGGCACCAAUACCCCUGGUCGCAGCGCAAUCGUCUUGGCAAGCAAUUAACGAGCUGCCAUGCUCAAUUCAGAAUAUAUACUUGCCAUCUCAAUUGUUGAUGAAGCCUCAUAGCGUCAAGCAUCAACGUAAGGCAGUUACCUGCUGCGUAGCAUUUAUGUAUCAUAUAUGUCGGAAAGAAACGAAGUCAAGAUGCAGCAGGUGGACACCAUCUCGCAGAACAAUUCUUUAGAUGUGGAGGAGCGAGAAAGGCUGUGUAAUAUACCGAAGUCGAGCACACCUGGCAAGGCUUCAACUACGCCAGCGAGUCCUGCAAAGGAACCGCCUCCACGGGACGAACCACCUUUGGAACCGGUGAAUGGCAUAGUUCAACCACCGGUUGUUCCACCACCGAAUCGUCCUGGACGUAUUACGAACCAGUUGCAAUUUUUGCAAAAAGGCGUUUUGAAGCCAGUAUGGAAGCACCAAUUUGCCUGGCCCUUCCAACAACCUGUCGAUGCGAAAAAACUCAAUUUACCGGACUAUCACAAAAUCAUCAAAAAACCAAUGGACUUGGGCACAAUCAAAAAGCGGUUGGAGAAUUCGUAUUACUGGAGUGGGAAAGAAUGCAUUCAGGAUUUCAAUACCAUGUUCACCAACUGUUAUGUCUACAACAAACCAGGAGAGGAUGUUGUGGUUAUGGCACAGGCUCUCGAAAAAUUGUUUCUUACAAAGGUUGCACAAAUGCCGAAGGAAGAGGUGGAAUUAGAUCCACCUGUCCCGAAAGGACCCAAAGGCAAGAAAGCUGGAAGAGUUGGCGGACCAGGAGUAGGUGGCGUAGCUGGGGGUACAGGAGCAGGUAGAGGACGACCAGCUUCGGGUGCAGCUGCUGUCACUUCUAGCGUGCCGAAUAGUUUAACACCUUCCGCCACGUCGGCUGGAACAACAGGGGUUAUACCCAUGCCACCUCUUGGCACUCAAGCACCAGCUUCGGUACCUGGAAGCACGAAUACAACCACCAUCGCUCCACCCUCAAGUAUGGGUGUCACACCAAUGGCUACUCACAAUUCUCUGCCUCAGCAAGUUGUCCCUCCAACUACGGGUUACCAUGCGCAGCCAGCAAUGGAUUCUCAAACAGCUUCUGCUGUACCUCCACCUCCACAAGUCCCUACGACUCCCACGGUAAUGCCUCCGUCGCAGCCUGCCAAACUCAAAAAAGGAGUUAAAAGAAAAGCCGACACCACAACUCCUACUGCAAAUGCGUUUGAUCCGUUGUAUGCACCUAUGGAGUCCAAGAAUGCCAAAAUACCUACGAGAAGGGAAUCUGGCAGGCAAAUUAAGAAGCCAACGAGACAAGCGGAAGACGGCUUAGUGCCAUACCAUCAGGCCAAUAUGCCUCUUAUGGGGGCAAUGGCCCAACAGCCUCCGCAUGCUGGUGUCAAAGGGAAAGAAAAAUUGUCUGAAGCACUAAAGUCUUGCAAUGACAUUUUGAAAGAACUUUUCGCGAAGAAACAUUCGCCCUAUGCUUGGCCUUUUUACAAACCUGUUGAUGCAGACCUUCUAGGCCUUCAUGACUAUCAUGAGAUUAUCAAGAAACCUAUGGAUCUUGGUACAGUAAAGACGAAAAUGGAUAAUCGUCAAUAUAAAACAGCGCACGAAUUUGCGAGUGAUGUACGACUUAUAUUUACUAAUUGUUACAAAUAUAACCCUCCCGAUCAUGACGUUGUUUCAAUGGCUAGAAAACUUCAAGAUAUAUUUGAAAUGAGAUAUGCUAAAGUUCCGGAUGAACCGAUGGGUAGUAGUAUGGUUGCUAUGAAAGGAAGCAGCAGUGGUAGUGCUAGCAGUUCUGGAGGAGACAGUUCUUCCGAUAGUGAUGAUUCGGUUGAGGAACGUACUCAGAAAUUACUUGAAUUACAGCAAGAGCUGAAAGCUAUGCAAGAGCAAAUGAGGAAAUUAGUGGAGGAGAGUGGUAAGAAGAAAAAUAAAAAGAAGAAACCGGAUAAGCCAAAAUCGAAGCCAAUGAGCAAUAAGAAUAGCAGCCUUGUUGCCAGUCAUACUGGUGCCAUGAAAGAACUUAUGAAACCGAGUGGUGGUAUUCCCAAUGUGUCCGACAGUGUUGGUGCUAGUAUAGCCAGUGUUGCGAUGGGUGCAGGCGAUUUGAAAAUGCCUGGUGGCAUAGCUGGCGAUCUUCACCAUCAAACCACAGCAGUAGGACCUAACAAGACUCAUGCCGCAGGAAGCUUGGGACAUCAUUUACCAGCAGCGGCGAAUGCUAAGCCAAAAGGUAAAGGCCGGGGACCUGGAAAAGCUGCCACAACUGCGAAUACCGCGACCAAAAGGCCGAAGGCUAACAGCAGAUCUACUGGAAAUAAGAAGAAAAAUGCUGGCAAUCAACCACCUCCGAUCACGUUUGAUUCGGAAGAUGAAGAUAAUGCUAAACCAAUGUCUUACGAUGAGAAGAGGCAGCUCAGCUUGGAUAUUAAUAAACUACCAGGUGAUAAAUUAGGUCGUGUUGUACACAUAAUACAGUCUCGAGAGCCUUCACUAAGGGAUUCAAACCCAGAUGAAAUCGAAAUUGAUUUCGAGACAUUGAAGCCAUCAACGCUUAGAGAACUGGAGAGCUAUGUUGCAUCAUGUCUCAGAAAGAAGCCACACAAGAAAGUCAGUGGUAAGUCCAAGGAUGAACAGAUGGCAGAAAAGAAACAAGAAUUAGAGAAGAGGUUACAAGAUGUAACGGGGCAGUUAGGAAACGUCAAGAAAACUGCCAAGAAAGAAGACAGUAGUAAGUCCGUUGAUGUAGUUGGAACUGGUGGUGCCAGUGGACCUUCACGACUGUCGGCGUCGAGCAGCAGUAGCAGCGACAGUGAUUCCAGCAGUAGUUCGCUUUCUUCAACGACCACCGAUUCAAGCGACAGUGAAGCAGGAAACUCCUCGAAUCGUCCACAUAGAAAGAAAGCAAAGAAGAAUCCACCGAGUACAGGAGCUUCCGCAACGACUGCUACCAUAGCACCGGCACCUACAUUAAAUCAUAGCGGAGCUCUUUUAAUGAAUAAUCAACCACCGACGAAUUCUACGGGACCAAUAACAAAACCGCCUGUUACCCAAGCAAGCAAUAUUCCUUCAGAAUCAGGGGGCAAUAGUAAUCAACAGCCUGUCGCAGUGGCUGCUGUUACAACAGGGCAAAGCAUACCUGUCGCGAGUCACGCGUCUAUGCCAGCCCAACCGUCACGACCUACAGCUCUGGCUACGGCCGCUCCUGUAAAAAAACCAACACCAACACCACCGCCACCACCACCACCGCCUCCACCACCGCCACCACCUCCACCACCAACAUCUAACCCAUCAACUCCGUCGGUCUCCGUACCAACUCCACCGCCCAGCGUCACACCUACAAAUACAAAUUCUAUAACAGCCUCGCCAGCUGUAUCUCAACAACCACCGCAGCAGCCACCAACAUCCAUUAGUUCCUUUCCAAAUGCAAAUACAUCCGUGUCCACAGACGGAACAAAUUUAAAUCAACAGUCUGAUCUUUUACAACCAUACAAUACUUUAGCUUCGGUGCCUACUACGCAGUCCUCCUUGGAUCAAACCCUUGCAAUCAAGAAGGAGGCUUCAUUUAUUCCAACACAACCUACUUUGGAUCAAACGCUUGCUGUUAAGAAGGAGCCUUCAUUUAUCCAAACGUCUCAUACGACGAAUAAUACUAAUAACAAUACCAGUCUCAAUUUGCUAUCGGAUGUAAAAUCUGUGAAUAUGAUGCCGACGAAUAUGGCUUCUAAUCUGAACUUGGGCAAUAUUAAUAUGACAAAUUUGAAUAUGAAUUUGUCGCAAGGACUGACGCACAUUUCUAUGCACAAUCAAUUAGAAAAUAUGAUUAAUACUACUGCGCCGUUGGCUAAUAUACAAAAUUCGCAUAACGUUACGAUGUCGCAGCAGCAUUCCAACGGAUUUCCAAAUGCAAAACGCGGAAAUUCACCGCCCAAUAUGCUGAACAAUAACGGCAUUCCAGGACUGAACAUUGGAAUGAAUGUAGGCAUGGGCUCGAUAUUUGAUCCCCUUCCUAUACCAUCGAUGCAAAUUUCUCAGAUUCCGGUAAAAAAAGAAGAGAAGCCCUUGCCGAUUUCUCAACCUCAACUGACGCAAAAGCCUAUGGAUGCGGGAGCUUAUUUUGCAGAAAUGAACACCCUAGGAUUGGCACCGUUGAUUAAUCAUGGCAGCUCUCAAUUGAUGUCUGAAAAGAAAAUGACCCCACCCGACUCGAAGAAUCCUGCUGCAAACUUUGCGUCAGCCUUUAAAAAUAAGACUGUAGAGCAGAACGUAAAGAACGCAUCAUCCUGGUCUUCCCUGGCGCAAGCUUCAAGUCCUCAAUCGGCAGCUGCAGGAAGUAGUAUGAAAAGCGCAGCACGAGACUCAUUUCAGGCAUUCAAAAAACAAGCUAAAGAAAAACAGGAUAGGCAAAGAGCAUUAAUGGAGCAACAAGAGAUGCGCAGACAGCAGAAGGAGCAAGCCGAACGAGAGAGAUUGCGACAGGAAAAUGAAAGAAGACGGGAACGAGAGGAGGAAGAUGCUCUGGACAAAGUUAGGAAAAAUAUUGGAGAUCAGCAGAGCAAUGUUAUGACUGCCACCACAAGAGCGGAAGAAGUAAAGGCCAUUACUGACACAGAUAGCAGUAGUCCGAGUCAUUCGUCCAGUCAAGAGAAGUCCGCUGCCGAAAGAGAACGUCUAAGGCAACGGGAGCAAGAACGCCGGCGACGAGAAGCGAUGGCUAGCCAAAUUGACAUGAACUUGCAGAGCGAUUUGAUGGCUGCGUUUGAGGAAUCUUUAUAAUGUUACUAUAUCCUGUUUAUAAUAAAUCCACAAAAACUUGGCAGAAUUCGGACGUACGUUUGGGUCGAACAAUGUUGUAGAAAUCUUUAAAUGCAAAAUCAGCAAAAACAACACAAUGAAAGAUGACUAAUAACGAUAACGACAUAGGCCGUGUUGCUAAUUAUCAUAAAAUGGUGGUACAGUUGGGACAUUCCAACAGAAAACCCCCAUUUGGUUGUCAGAAGAUUCAAACAGCUUAUUAAAGCGGAGACGAACUGUAUUGUCUCUAGAACGACAAAACACUUAAGUGCGACUAUGUAAUUAGAUAAAUACUUAUAUAUCGAAAAUACUAAACUGACUACUUGUGUUUUUCCGGUUUUCAUAAGUUUGUACUUUAUGUAAAUUUGGAAACAAUAUAUUAUAUAAUAAGAGAGGGUUGCAUGUGUGAUAACCGAAUGUGUGCGCGUAGAUACGAAUGUCGGCUUGAAGAAGAGUAAAAAUCGUGUACAUUUAGUUAAGUUUUGUAUUUUUCCACAUUGAGUCAUUAAUCGUUGGUAGGAUUACGUAGAAAAGUGUUUCUGCCAAUAAUACAUGUAAUUAUUAACUAUCAUUAAUAAUAUUGCAAAUUUUUUCUCGAUUAUUCAUAUACGCUAUUUGUAAUCACAAAAGUAGCUAGGCGUAUAUGUGAAUAACGAUAGAAAAAUAUAAGAUAAUACGAACAUCCAAGAACUUGGUAAAUUUAAUAACGAUCAUCACGGCUGUCCACUUGUGACUUCAAUUGAUCAACUGCUGAUCGAUCAGAAUAUUUAACAGCGUAUACUGUUGUGAUUGAUUCAAGAGUUAUUGCGAGCCAACUGGUCGAUUCAAAGCUAUUCAUUAACUCACUUUAGAACAAUGCUGUCAAUUAUUACGAGUAAUGAUAAGAUAAAUUUUAGAAUUGAAGUAGUUCCGAUCCUACCAACUAUUAGAUCAGACUACGUACCUAAUUCUUGGUAUACUUGAAGCUCGUGGAAGAGGAAAUCGCGAUGCUGUACAAGUAACACUUAUUAGAAAAGAAUUAUAUUUAUUCGGCCACUAGAGGGUGUAUUCCACGAUACUGAGAAGUUAUAAAAAUAUAAAAGAAAUUCUUUUGGAGGAAAUAUUUACGUAUAAUCUAUAAAAUAUCUUAAAAUCUGUUUAAAUUUGACGUAUCAUGAGUGAGCAGGGCGGAAGUUAUAUGCUGAGUACUCGGGCGUGGCCCAAUUAAUAAUUGAGCCGCCCGAACAAGAUGUGCGAAUCGAGUAAAUGAAUAACUGAAAAAUGAAAAAAAAAUUUAAUCGGCCAAAAAGUACAAAAACAGAUUAAUAAAGCAAUGUUUUCAUUAAUUGUGAUCAUAAUGUUAAUUUCUUAAAAGUAUUUAGAUUACACGGUCAUAACGGCAUUAAUGAUAUGCCAAAUAUAAAUAAAAAAUAGUGCUAUUAAAUUAUUUGUUUAACAGCAAUUUUAUUUUUUUAAGAUCUAUAAACUUGUAUAGUUUAUUUGUUGUAAAUAUGGCGGUGCUUGUCGGCAAUGAGCAAUCGUUAUGGUGGCGCGGUUUGUCAGGUGAUUAAUCCAAAGUGAUCAUAUUGUCAGAAACUUGCACAUUUUAAACAAAAUCAUGAUUUUUAUAUAAUUAGGGACUAUGCUGGUUUAUCGACCAAGAUUAAUCGAAUGAAUACGUAUAAAGUGAGAUGAAAAGAUCUUGCUAAACUCAAGUUUUCAAAUCUUUUCUUCGACAAGCAUCAUAAUUCCUCGAGCUCUCUAUUAAAGAUCAAGUUUGGAGAUGUCUAAAUAACGUAGAUUGACAAAAAAACCGAGAAUACUGUACUGACUAUAGAAAAGCCACUUUCGAAUGUUCAUGCCGUCCUUCGCAAUCCUAUUGUCAUUAUUUCGUGUAUUAGAGAUAAAAGGAGCAAAACGAAAGAGCCCUUCAAUACAGGCACGAUUUUCAUUAUUGGGUAUUGUUUGGUAUUACAAUAUCCGUAACAAUCCUGCUUUCAUUGAUUGUCAACGUCUGGCAAUAUUAGAUUAUUUCUGUAAUCUUUCAUUUUUAAUGCGUCUUUAGGCCCCGUACGAGCGCCUAUUCGCACUUUUUAUGUAAUCAAAAUUAAGAAAGAUCUAUGAUCUUAUUCUUAAAAUAUGCUAUCCAUAUGCUGCGAUAGUAAUAUUCGCGCAGUUAGUAUACACAAAUGAUUUAGUCAUCGAUAUAUUAUUGUUGAUAUAUAAACUUAAGAAGGUAGAUAAAUUUUUUGCGAAAUUAACGAUUUAACAAUGUAUAAAAAUUAAUAAAAUACGUCGAUUGUGUUUUUUAUAUGCGAACUGCUGCAUCGGACAUUAUGCUCAGUUUACAAAAAAAAAAAAAACCAAAAAAACUAGCACAAUCUGAAGUGAUUUCGAUAGUUUGUUUCAUUUCGUAAAUUUCGAUGACAAACUUUUUUUUCGAUUGAAAUUAUUAACGGUUUUUUUUGACGAAUAUGAUAACGUCACGAUAACUUUUAAGAUAGUAAAAUUGUAAAGUAAAUUAUUGGCAGAAGCAAUUGAAGUAUGUUAAAGAAUUAUACUCGAAAUUCUUACAGAGUUUGAUACUAACAGCGUGAACAUACAAUUUAAUGAUAUAACUGAUAAAUUGCACAGUGUUUCUGCCAAUAAUUUACUUAACAAUUUGUUUAUUAUUUAAACAAAACGAAUGUUAUUAAAUGUUUUUGUUUCUUUUUUGUUAUUACAUAUUCAGGAUUCAUAUGUCUGACCAGCACGAAUGAAUACUAUUGCGUAGCAAGGUGUAAUAACUGGAAAAGAAACAAAAAGGGUUGAAAUAAAUACAUGAUAAAAGGGGAAGGAUAAUUCGGAGAGGGAGAAUGAGAAAAGUGUGAGAGAGAAAGAGAAGAGCGCGUACAAUAGUUAUUAGGAUUGUAUAUUUAUAGUUUGUAAUUGUAUAUAGGUACAGGGAGAAAUUAGUUACGUUUAGAAUAUAAGAAUAUCUAUGUAAAAUACAACAUUAAGAUGGAAGCAUAUAGAAUAAUAGAAAUGUUUAUCUAUGUGAUAAGAUUUAUAAGAAAGCCGUACAGAUUGUGUAUGAACGAUAGAGUGUAUAACCGAUUAGGAUCUCAGAGUAAGUUAAAAUAUAAGCAACAUACACCCAUACUUCGUAAGUAACACCAAAAUCACUCAGCUCUGUAUCAAAAAGUAAUUUUUUAUAUAAGUUCCCACGAACGCACAUCAUCUCCAAUAGAACACGAAUUUUAGCAAACUUACUACGACUAACGAUAGCAAACAGUUAAACUGGUUGUACAUAAAUAAUAACGAAAUGAGAAAAUAAAUGGAUGAAAUAUACGCUUGAUGUUGUUAAAUAAAGGAGAGGAAGAGAGAAUGAGUGAGAGAAAGAGCGAUUGUUAAUCGAGCGUUGAUUGCGUUCAUGUACCUACAUUUCCUUCUUUCGUUAUAUCGAUGAUGCUAGCUCGUAAAUUUACUUUGGUAUUUAUGUUAAAUAUAAUUUUUUAUAAAUAAAUCGAAUUAAAAACACUGAUUCGUACAGCGCUACAGUGAGUUUCAAUUUUUCCAAUCUUUUAAUAUAAUCUAUUAGCAAAGUGUUAAAAAAUUUAAGAUAAACGAAGAUUUUGGACCACUUUAGUUUCCUUCUUUUUUUUUUAUUAACUCUUUAGAGGUUAAUACAAUUGAUGCUGCACAAAAGACCAAUUUUUUUUUAUGAUAAAGAGUGCAUACUAUUUACAACUCUGAUCGAUUAUAUAUAUAUGUGCAUAUGUGUACGUACAUAUGUACUUUUCUCUGCUUAUUUAACAACAUCAACCUAUAAUAUAUAUUACCUGUUAUUAAUCAUCAGAAAUAAAAAAGGAAAAUAACAGGUUUACUACGAUAUUUGAACUAACAUUAACGUGCAAAUGUGAAUACAAGAGUUACUACAGAUUAUUCAUUGUAUAUGCAUGAGGAAUUACCUUCCCUAGUUUGUAAUUUUGCAUGUUACAUAAUACAUACAUAUGUAAAACGGAGAGUAUGCGGAACAGAACGCGAGUAUAAGAGGUCUGUACAGAAAAUCGCUCAUAGCUGGAUAUAUGGAUGUAUCAGUACGAAGGCGCUGUCGUGAUUUCGUAUUUGACAGUAGUUUCUUUCCUUAAGUUGCUAUGCCGAGAUAGUACAUAUAUGCUGGGGGGAAAAAGAGAGAAAGAUACACACACGUGCACGCACUGUGUAUACUAUUAUUAAUAUAUUCUUAAAAGGUAUGGUACAUUACAUUAUAAUCUUCACGAGUAUAUGCUAAGGUAAUUUUAAGAUUUAAUUAAUAACUAAAGUGAAAACAAAAAAGA